CAAUUUCUUCAAAGAAGCCUCGGAAGUUUUAUGAGUGUUUUUAUUAUGAAUACAUGAUGUUGUCCUGAGAAUCAACGAAGAAAGCUUCGAACACUGUUCAUUCUGUAGCAAUUUUCGAGCUCCGAUUCGCUGUAAGAAACCAACAAAAUUUCCUGCAUUUUGGCUCAGGAUUUGGAUCCCCCAAACAGUGUUUCAGGGGGUUUGAAGUUGAAACUUGACAAGGAACGUCCAUCUGGUGGACGUUGCAGAAAAUUGGAAAGUAAGUUUCGUUUUCAAAAGAUUUCAUUUCAUGACAUGAUAACUCAUAAUCUCGAUCCUGCUUUCUUCCGAAUCAACGACGAAAUUUUUGACGGAGAGAUCGUUUGAUAGACGUAGUAAUUAGGAACAGGCAAGCAAUAUAUGCAAAUAACAAUGCAUACUUUCUUUUCCCCACAGCAAGGAAUAGCAGACGAAGAUGACAAGGAGUUUGCUUUUGGUUCUAUUGUUCAUCCAUGCAACUUCAGCAGCAAGCGCAGAACCCUCAGGCGAAGCACCGCCUCCAGGCGACGCACCACCCCCAGGCGACGCUGGGGCAGCCAAAGGAAGCUCCGUAUGGCAAACUCUACAUGGGGAGCAGCCAAAGGUGGUGGCUCAUGGCGGGUUCUCGGGGCUAUACCCACAAUCGACUCCAACUGCGAAUGCAAUUGCUGCACUGUACCCAAAACUGAUUCUGCUCUGCAAUUUACAAAUAACAAUGGACAAGGUCGGAAUCUGCGUGGCAAAUCUCGACCUCAGUGAAGGAACCAGCAUAGCGGUAGAGUACCCCAACAAAACUAAAACGUACAAGGUAAAUGGAAAAGAUGUCACUGGCUAUUUCAGCGUGGAUUACGCCAUGAACCAACUCAAUAACGUGAUAGCAACGCAGAGCGUAUUGAGCCGUCCAGAUGCCUUCGAUAUCGAUCCGAUUCCAACAUUUGAUGAUUUUCGUGCAAGCAUCGCUGCUCCACGGUGGAUCCAUGUUGAGUAUCCUCAAUUCUAUGACGAGCACAAGCUGAGCUAUGAGGACUAUUUUGACAAAAAUAGUCUCCGAGGCAUCAAUUAUUUAUCCACUCCGGAGCUUACUUUUCUGAAGGCAAUAAGUGCUAUGAAACCCCCUACCAUGAAGCUCUAUUUUGCCUUCAAAGGCAGAGAAGAGCUAGAACCCACAACCAACCAAACCUACGGUGAGCUCUUGUUAGACAAACUCAAACCGAUGAUAACUGGAAUUGUUGUCCCAAGGGAAUACAUAUGGCCGGUCGAAAAAUCCAACUACUUGGCACCAGAGCCAAACCUACUGGUGGCUGAUGCUCAUGAACUUGGUCUGGAAGUAUAUGUCUACGGAUUUGCAAAUGACAAUGUACUCAGCUACAACUAUAGUUAUGAUCCAACAGAAGAAUACCUGCAAUUCACCAGUAAGGGCUUCUCAGUCGAUGGUUUCAUUACCGAUUUCCCUCCAACUGCAAUGAACGCCGUUGAAUGUUUUGCCAAGUACAACAACUCCGAAAGCCGCAGAGAGGGACAACCUUUGGUUAUAACCAACGGGGGAGCAAGUGGAAUUUAUGCAGGGAGCACUGAUCUCGCUUACCAGAAAGCAGUAGAUGAUGAGGCCGACAUAAUUGAUUGCAGCGUUCAAAUGAGUAAAGAUGGAGUUGCUUUCUGUAUGGCGACUGCUGACCUCAGUGUAGAUACUACUGCAGCAGCCAUUUUCCCUGAUCGGGCCACCACCAUCCCUGAAAUUCAAAAGGAUGAUGGAAUAUUUUCUUUUGACCUGGAAUGGAGUGACAUUCAAAGCUUACAACCUCAAUUAUCAUCCCCUUUUGAGAAAACCAGUGAUCUUAAGAGAAAUCCAGCGGUAAAGAACGAGGGAAAAUUUAUGACCCUCGAUCAAUUCCUGCAAUUUGCAAAGGCAAAAUCUGUUCCGGGCAUUCUGAUCAACAUAGAUAAUGCUGCAUACCUAGCAUCGAAAGAAGGCCACGACGUUGUUACGACAGUGAGCACAGCCUUACAUAAAGCCUCAUUUGACAAACAGACCACUCAACAAGUCUUAAUACAAUCAGACGAUACAUCGGUGUUGGCCAAAUUCAGCAAUCUCGGGUACAAAAGGGUACUGGCUGUCAAGGAAGAAGUAAGCGACAUACCAAAGGCUACAGUAGACGAAAUCAAAAAGUAUGCAGAUGCAGUCACGUUGACUAGAUUCUCUAUAAUCCCAACAAGCCAUGGCUUCACGAGGAAGGAAACCAACUCUGUUCUGGCACUGCAAGCUGCAAACUUGUCUGUGUUCGUUACAACUCUGAACAACGAAUAUCUCUCGCUUGCAUUCGAUUACAACUCGGAUGCCAUGUUCGAGAUCGCCACUUACACACAGCUGGUCCAAGUCAAUGGUACCAUUACGGAAUAUCCAGGAACUGCAAACAAAUAUCUGAAGAACCCAUGCUCGAAUCUUAACGACCCAGAUCUCAUGUACGCCAUCUUACCAAUCAACCCGGGCCAAAUGCUCAAUCUAACCAAGUACUCGGAAAACCUGAGUCCUCCGAAACCAGCUCUAGCUGUUAAAGACAUCGCCGACCCACCAUUACCUCCAGCGAUCAAAGUUCAAGACGGAGCUCCUCCUCCGGGUUCAUCUGCCUGUGCCCAUUCCGGCCUCUCAAUUGCAGCUAUGGCGUUGCUAAGCUUACUCAACGGCUUAUUCCACAUCUAACUCCAGCCAGAAGUUCUAACAGACGUCUAGCAUAUUAGCAGUCGUGAUUCCAACUUUACAUCUGUACAGAUUGCAAUUUAUCACAAUCCGCUGCUAUGGCUUUGCUAAGCUCUCACUCAACGGUUUCUUCCACAUCUAACUCCAUCCAGAACUUCUAACAGACGUCUAGCAUUAGCAAUCGUGAUACCAUCUUGUACAGAUUGCAAUUUUUCACAUUUCAAGCUAUGAUCUAGAUCUCUUUCACACUAUUACACCGUCUCCACAAUCUUCACAUUCUAAGAACCCUACAUAUGGUUCUAGACUCAAAAUCCAUUUCAUGCAAACAUUUCAACACUAUCAAAUCUUCGACGCAGCUCAUUAGAAAAUCAUCGCAAAAGAGAGAAAUUACAAACUAAGAGGCUCAGAUUCGCCUUUAAUCAGACACUAAGAAGCAAGCCACGAAAACAGAGAAGCAAGAAUCACCAGCUGCCAUUGGCUGCAGACAAAUUAAAGGAGGCGGAGAAACCCUAAAAAAGGUGUUCCAACACUCUCUCUCCAAGAUGUCGCCAUGCCAGGUAACUGAUAUCCAGCCAUUGCUAUCUCCGUCUCCGGGAAGUCUGAUAGAAUCAUUCGUCAUAGCCUCAGGCGAAUGUGAGAGAGAGCGAGAGGAAGAGUGAAGGUCGAUGAAGCAAAGGAAACCAUAUAUAUAUGUUUUGUUUUAUGUAUAUAAUCUCAGUGACCAAACUUGCAAUUAACCCUAGGUACUUUCGGACGAUGUGGCGGCAGAUCCGCGCAUCGGCGGCGAGUAAUCACUGGCUUCGCUGGCGACCAGAGGGAGAAACUGUCGAUUUUCCGGCGACGAUUCUGUCUCUCUCCACUGAGAGCAAAGCCUCAUACUUAAACUAGUGAGUGAUUGCCUCUCGAGGCAGCUCUCUGUGUUUAUAUAAGCCACUGGCCGCUGUCGGCAGUUCCUUAUUGGGCUCCGAUUGGGCCAGUGACUUAGUUUAUAGCAACACGAAAUUAGCCCACGUUCUUUCGCAGCCCAUUACGAACAUUAGAGGCGGUCGAGCACCGUCCACGUGUACGGAGACGGAGGGUUAGUUUGUCGGAGACGGAGGCUCAGAUUUAGAAUUGCGAUCGGGAGCCGGAAGCUCCGCCGUCCAUGGCUGCGACAACCGGUUGCCGGAGGGAAUCCGAUGUCCCGUGAAUCCAGCCGUCCGGCGUCUCCCCGCCGUGGAAUCGGCGGCUCCGCCGCUACCGAGCCGGGAGCUCGCGGAAGAGAGAAAAUCGAUCAAAUGUCAUCGUCAUUGCCUCGUGUUUAGAGAGAGAGAGAGAGCGAGAGAGCAGAGCAGAAGCGAUAGGCAGAACGAAACAAAAGGGGAAGGAAGAAAGGAGGAACCAGAGCUGUGAUUCCAGUAACCAAACUCACAAACACAGAGUAAUCAGCGGCCGGAGAAGUCAUCGGCUCCGGCGGGGGAGAGAGAAUCUCUCUCGAAGCCGAAGCCAUCGUUCUUUGCUCUCUCUUCAAAGCGAGUACCCGGAGUUCAGUCCAUGGCUGUAGCCUGAUGGCUGGGCUCUGUGGCUUUUAUAGCGGGGAGGAUUCUUCCUAUUUUGCCCUUUCACCGCUGUGUGGGAUAAAUCUGUAAAUGGUCACUGAAUUAUAAUGUUUGUAAUAAGUGGUCACUAUACUAUAACUUUUAGCAGAAAUUGCCAACUAAGUUGUGGUAGUAAUGAAUAGCUAUCUAGCCCAAUGUGGCAUCAAUUCUGCU